AUGAACAGCCAGCCAUGCAUCCUUACGAAUCAAGAUCAAUUUUUUUUCCCCAGAAAAAUCCCUAUUGUUACAUCAUCAUUAACUAGUUAUGACUAUGAUGAUGAUAAAUCACAAAAAAGUAUCUCAACGUUACCACGCGUUCAAAUAGUAGGUACACCGUACACCGACAUCGAUGAUCAUAUCAGCGAACAGAUUCCUUCAACAAUAGCGACAGUGCUCCCUCAUAUUGCAAAACAAGAACGUCACAAUACUGUGUGUUUAGAAGACGAUAGUAACGAAGACGAGAAACCUCAGCAGCAGCCAAUAUCAUUGCCAUCACUUCGACAGUCACCAUCGAAACGAUCUCAAGUUGAUCCUGAUAUAUUUCGUAAAGCGUACGAGAAAGCCCUGUCUGUCGCUCGUAGUAAAAUGCUUCAAACAAAUCACUAUUCCCUAGAUGCCAGCAGGAUAACAAAUCGUGUACUCUACUCAUACUUCUCACACACACCCUAUUGUAUGUUCAAACCCACGACAUGCACACAUAAACACCAACGACAAGAUAAAGCGUCACUGUUAUCAAAAAAGGUCAAACCGAACCAAAUACGAAAAAAUAUAUUCGACGAUGUCAUUGUAGAAAAUUAUAUUCGAUGGUAG